GCAAUUAUUCCGUCGCACCUCUUGGUGUCACUAUACUGUUAGUAACGUGUGUUGCCUGACAACGCUGCUGUGUGUUUUCUUUAAACUUAGGUGCUCGCUCGUCAGUUGGGGAUUGUGUGUUUAUAGUGUUCAGUUGUCAUUUAUUAUUGGCGCUGCAGCGGUGGAAACAUGUUCUGAACUGUUAGACCGAAGAAGCUGUUGGUAUGUUUCACAUAACUGUAACGUAACAUCAGUGGCAAAAAAAAAACAAAAAAACUAAACAAACAAACAAACACCCAGUUGCCAGAUUGUAUAAACGGUUUCAUUUUAAAAGAAGCAUAUCGUGUGCAUGCACCUGCAAUGGCUGAAGGAGAACCAUCGUGUACCGAAGGGGGCACCGAAUUUUCAGAGGUCCAGUGUCCAGGCUGGAUCGAGUCUCAGCUCCGCAAGUACCCUUUCCAGACCCGGCCAAUACCCAGGCUCUCCCAUACCGACCCCAGGGCUGAGAUGCUUAUAGACAAUGAGGAACCGGUUGUGUUAACAGACACCAACCUAGUCUAUCCAGCACUCAAAUGGGACACAGACUUCUUGCAAGAAAGCAUAGGAGAUGGAGACUUUUCAGUGUACAUUGCCCAAACUCACAAGUUCUUGUACUACGAUGAAAAAAAAAUACCAAACGUUGAAAACUUUAUGCCAAAGUCAAGGCGAGUGGAAAUGAAAUUCAGUGAAUUUGUGGACAAGAUGCACAAGACUGAAGAAACUGGUGGAGAGGAAAGGUUAUAUUUGCAGCAAACACUGAACGACACAGUAGGCCGGAAAAUUGUGGUGGAUUUUCUGGGAUUUAACUGGAACUGGAUUAACAAACAACAAGCCAAACGGAACUGGGGACCGCUGACAUCCAACCUGCUUCUCAUUGGCAUGGAAGGGAAUGUGACCCCGGCACACUAUGAUGAACAACAAAACUUUUUUGCUCAAAUAAAAGGUUACAAACGAUGUAUACUCUUUCCACCAGAUCAGUUUGAACGUCUCUAUCCAUUCCCAGUGCAUCAUCCGUGUGAUCGACAAAGUCAGGUUGAUUUUGAAAAUCCUGACUAUGAGAAGUUUCCUAAUUUCAAACAUGUCGUGGGUUAUGAAACAGUGGUGGGUCCAGGAGAUGUGCUUUACAUCCCGAUGUAUUGGUGGCAUCACAUUGAAUCCUUACUAAAUGGAGGAAUUACUAUCACAGUUAACUUUUGGUACAAGGGAGCACCCACUCCAAAGAGGAUAGAGUACCCUCUGAAAGCUCAUCAAAAGGUGGCUAUCAUGAGGAAUAUAGAGAAGAUGCUGGGAGAAGCUCUUGGGGAGCCACAAGAGGUGGGACCUUUACUAAACAUGAUGGUCAAAGGGCGGUACGACCAGGCCUUCAGUUAGUGCUUACCGGAGGACACUUUGAAAAUGUGUCGCUGCUGGAGGGAAUGCAGCCAGCAGCACAUGUGUGUGCAAACUGUAAGCUAGUUCUGCAUGGCAGCACUCAAACAACUACUGUAGGAAAGCAUCUUCCACUUUGCUUUGUCCAUCUGCCAGUGAUGUUACUGUGGAUCCAACCCAUAUCUCUGUCUACACAAAAACAAAAUAGCUGUCAUCAGGGAGUGUUGAAACUUAUAGUUGCCUGGUAAUCAAUGUUGCUGAACUUGGAAUUGGACUGGUGACCUAUGGGAUUGUCUCAAAGCAGUUGCUUUUUGCAGAAGCUCAGCUUGUUGUGGGAAAUCAGUUUGUAAAGUAAUAUGUUUGUUUUUGAUGAGGCAUAUAUUUUAACAUAGGUUACCUGAUUUUGCAGGGUUUUCCAUAUGCAUAAUUAGCCAUACAGCAUAGCUAAGGAAAGAAAGGCUGUUUUUUUCCCUUGGUUAUUGGAGCUGGUGUGACAGAAACCUAUUUCAGGCUUUGUUUCAUUCAUUAGCUAGGUAUACAAGCACAUCAAGCCAAGUUAAACACUUGGCAGAUGUUGCACCAAUUGCCUCAAAGACCAAAAAAUAAAUCCAGGGUCAUGUUGUGGGGAAGGUUAAUGUGAUUUAGAUAUUAUACCAAAUUCUGUUAGUUUUAUCUGUUUUUCAAACAACAUGCUGGAAGUAAAUUCUUGCAGAGAUUUUUCAUCUAUGUGAAUCUGGUUGAAUUAUUUAGACAAUUUUAAGAUCCAUGUGUUUUUGAGCCCACAAAAACCUUGUUGUGUGUAUAUUUACUGAGACAGCUUCAUUUUGUAUUGCAGCUUUGUGUAUCAUCUAGACUUCCUUUGCUUAGCGUUAAGUUACCCUCUCUUACCUGUACUUCUCAACACCCUACUAGCACCAAAGCUUAAAUAAGCACGUAAAUAAUCACUUGUGUACAUGAGACCAUCCUGUACAUCAUUUAAUAAUAAGAUAAAUAUGGUUUAAUAAAUGUUGUUGUAUACUAUCAGUUCAAGUAUUAGCAGCAUUUCUGGCUUAAGGCUAAACUGCAUGCAAAACCUCAGUUGGUUUGAACAGCUGUCGGUUCCAUUCUCCUCUACAGCAUGAUCUCUAUGGGAAGUUUUCAAGUCAACCACUAUGUACUAUGAUGAUCGUAGAUUUAGAAGUGGUGAACACACCAGCCAUAACUGAAACCCACAUUUUAAACACUUGCCAGUUGGAUGGUAUAUAACACUGGGCAUGAGAGUAGUGUCUGUUCUGUCAAAUUCUCGACCCCUCUCUCCUCUGUAUGACUGAUUAGAUUGACGGCCCUGCAUGUUGGAAGUGUCCAUAAAAAAAUGAUUGCAAGAUAAUAACAGUGUGAGCUUCCCAGGCUUCUAUGGUUGUUAAUUUCCCAUUAGGAAUGACUUGACUGCCUAAUAAAUGCAAGGUAAUAUUAAGGAUGCCCAUACAUACAAGGUCGCAAUUGAUAUAAGCUCAUUUGUAUUGAAUUGAGCCUUUUUGAUCAAUUUCUUAUAAAAUAAUUGUAACUAGGCUAUAUGAUUUAAAAAUAAUGAAUUUAUAACAAAUGUGGUGUUAGGUAGACUGCUGGCGCUGGCUAGCAUCCCAAGAUCCGAGGAAGGUUUGAGGUAAUAUUACAAUAUUGGUUUUUGAGUUAAACCAAGAUAUGGGAAUUAUACAUAUUUUAUUUACAUGUGUAACUGUGUCAAAUACAGUAUUUGAGGAGUUAACAAAACAGCAUUUGCGUGUUCGAAGAUUGAAGGAACAUACUGCUAACUUUUGUUUAGUUGUUUUUCAUGUUUAAGACAUAUACAUUUGCUGAUUUAAUAAAUCUUUUUUUUUUUUUUUUUUUUUGUUACUUGGUGUUUUUGCAAUUUUGAUACACUGUUAUAAUGAAUACUGUUAAUGUAUUGUGUUAUGCAUUGGCUUGACCGGACAAGAGAUGAUAGUUGAUUUUUAAUGAAAAGUCUUACCAAAAAUUAAUUUAGUAGCACUCCAUUCCUAAAACAAUGACUGACAUAUUACAGAUACCGUAUUAAUUUGAAAUGCAUGUUAUCAUAGUCUUGCUUUUUUAAGGUUGCCCAAUGUCAAGAAAUCCCAUGUACUCACAUGGACAUUGUCAGAAUGGGUCAUCUUAAAAAAAGCAUUUUAUCCCUGCAUAAUGUUUUGAUACUGCACACAGUUUAACUGGUUUUGCCAUUUUAAACUUGUGGAAAAGCAUAUGGAUUUUAAUCCCACAUGUACCUGUUUAACAGGAGGUAGGUGGUUGGAAAUUUAAAAAUAAAAUUAAUUUAGAAUUGUAGUGUGAUAUUGAAAAAUGUUGGUCAAACCAAAAAAAAAAAAAAUGAUUUUAUGAAUUUCAAAUAUAUAAGUUUGAUUCCAUCAUAUCACAAGUGAAUUUAGGCGUUCAUUUCAGCACAACCAAGAAGCCUAAGGUAUAAUGACUGGGAUGUUUGGGUAAAAGAUGGUAAAAUAUAGGUGUUCAUUACUGAAGGUAUUUGGUCAAAACAUUUGUAUUUAGGUGCCAACAAAUUUGACUAGUUAAAUCUUAACAGAAAUCGUAGCUCACUGUUUCAAUGAUUUUAACAAAAUGCUGAAAUCAUGUUAGAUUUCACCUACAUUUUAUUAAAGUAGUUUUUGUUUUCUACUUUAUUUUUUUUUGUAAUGUUUGUUCUUUGUGUGGAUUAUGAUGUGUGUACACUUUAACUGCUGCAGGCUGAGACCGCCUUUAUGAACUGUUUUCUUAUUUUGAAGUAUGCAAAUUAAAGAUGUGUUAUGAAACUCCAAAAAGACA